UUAUUUCUGGUCAGAGAGAGAAAAACCAGUGCCUGGCAUUCUCACUAGCCUUCACCUGCCAUGAUCAAGUGCUUGCCAGCUGAAGUACAAGCCAAACUGCGUUCUGGUUUGGCCAUAAGCUCGUUAGGCCAAUGUGUUGAGGAACUUGCCCUCAACAGUGUUGAUGCUGAAGCAAAAUGUGUGGCUGUCAGGGUGAAUAUGGAAACCUUCCAAGUUCAAGUAAUAGACAAUGGAUUUGGGAUGGCAAGGGAUGAUGUAGACAAGGUGGGAAAUCGUUAUUUCACUAGUAAAUGCAACUCUGUAGAGGACUUGGAGAAUCCGAGGUUUUAUGGUUUCCGAGGGGAGGCCUUGGCAAGUAUAGCUGACAUGGCCAGUGCUGUGGAGAUUUCAUCCAAGAAAAACAGGACAAUGAAAACGUUUGUGAAACUGUUUCAGAAUGGAAAAGCCCUGAAAGUUUGUGAAGCUGAUUUGACUAGACCAAGUGCCGGAACAACAGUGACAGUGUAUAACCUGUUUUACCAGCUGCCUGUAAGAAGGAAAUGCAUGGAUCCUAGAUUGGAGUUUGAGAAGGUUAGACAGAGGAUAGAUGCUCUCUCACUCAUGCACCCUUCCAUUUCUUUCUCUUUGAGAAAUGAUGUUUCUGGUUCCAUGGUUCUUCAGCUCCCUAAAACCAAAGAUGUAUGUUCCCGUUUUUGUCAAAUUUAUGGACUAGGGAAGUCCCAGAAGUUAAGAGAAAUAAAUUUUAAAUAUAAGGAGUUUGAACUUAUUGGCUAUAUCAGCUCUGAAGCACAUUACAAUAAGAAUAUGCAGUUUUUGUUUGUAAACAAAAGACUAGUGUUAAGGACAAAGUUGCAUAAACUUAUUGACUUUUUAUUGAGGAAAGAAAGUAUUAUAUGCAAGCCCAAGAGUAGCUCUGCCAGCAGGCACAUGAGUGCAAGUCCUCGGCAUCGGUCUACUCCAGAACUCCAUGGUAUAUAUGUGAUCAACGUGCAGUGCCCGUUCUGUGAGUAUGACGUGUGCAUGGAGCCAGCCAAAACGCUGAUUGAGUUUCAGAACUGGGAUACCCUCUUGGUUUGCAUUCAAGAAGGAGUGAAAAUGUUUUUAAAGCAAGAAAAACUAUUUGUGGAAUUAUCAGGCGAGGACCUUAAGGAAUUUAGUGAAGAUAAUGAUUUUAGUUUAUUUGAUACUACUCUUCAGAAGCAUGUGACUUCCAACGAGAAGCAUGACCAGGGUAAUUUUCAGGAAGCAUGUAAUAAUAUUUUGGAUUUCUGUGAGAUGUUUAAUUUGCAAUCAAAAGCUGUGAAAAGAAAAACUACUUUAGAAAACAUCAACACACAGAAUUCUAGGAAUUCAGAAGCUGUCAGAAAAAAUACAAAUGGUUCAUUUUUGAACACUUUUGAAUCAAAUGGCCCAGACUAUAGUAAAGGGACAGAGACAUCUUUACAAAACAAAGCUAGCUCUUGCUCAAAGUCAAGGAUGUUAGAACAAGAGACAGUUGAAGCAUCAGAAUCAGGAGAAAACGAGAAACCUAAAAAAUCUUGCCUGGAACAUAACUCUUCAGAAAAUCCACAUGGAACCCAUUCAGAAAUGUUCUCAAGUCCUUUUCACAUACCACAUCACUUUGAGGAGAGUGAGGAGUAUCUAGAAAUACAGAAAGCAAGUGCUGCUGUUAAUAGCAUGGCUGUCAACAUCUUGAGAAAAAACAGAAUUCAGAAUCAACUAGAGAGAGUUAAAGAUGCUACUGAAAUGGGAUGCCAGCCUCUGGCUUUUGAGACACCACCAGUGAAAGUACAUAGUGCUCAGACAGAGAAAAGAAAAAGAGAACCUAGUAAUUGUGGAAGAAGAAACGUUUUUAGUUAUGGACAAGUUCAAUUAUGUUCCACUGGCUUUAUAACUCAUGUGGUACAGAAUGAGAAAACUAAAUCAACUGAAACAGAACAUUCAUUUGAAAAUUAUCCUCGACCAGGUCCCACAAGUGCCCAAGAAACAUUUGGAAAUAGAACACAUCAUUCAGUUGAAACUCCAAACAUCAAAGAUUUAACCAGCACUUUAAGUAAAGACUCUGCUCAAGUACCCAACAAAAAAUUUUGCAGAACAAAUAUAAGUUAUGGACUGGAGAAUGAACCUAUAGCAGCUUAUAAAAAUUUUACUGUAUUUCAGGAGAGUAGUAAAAAAUCACAUACAGGUUGCACAUUACCUGAUACAACCUGCUCUGUGCCUUGGUAUAGACAUGUUUCAAGUGAUGGCAAGAAAACAGAUAAAUUAAUUUGUUCCUCCAAACCCAUGGUCCGUAAGAAGCUAAGCUUGAGUUCACAACUAGGAUCUUUGGAGAAGUUUAAGAGGCAAUAUGGUAAGGUUAAAAAUCCUCUGGAUAUAGAAGUGGAGGGAAAUAGUAAUGAAGUUACUACCAAUCUCAGUCCUCAGCUUGAACCUGACAUUCUACUGAAAGACAAGAACUACUUAGACAACUCUGAUAUUUAUGAAAACACUACUAUGAAGCAUAAUGGUUCAAAUGGUGGUUGUCAACCAGUAGGUCACAUCCUUUACUCAGAUAAGUUUUCAUUCUUGAAGGACAAAGAUUGUUUGGAACAACAGAUGCCUUGUUUGGAAGAAAGUCCUCUAAUUCUAAAGGAGUUACCUCACUUUAAUAGGAAACCUUUGGAUCUUGAGAAGUCACCUGGAUCACUAGCCUCUAAAUUGUCUAGACUGAAAGGUCCUGAAAAAGAGACUCAGUCAAUGGAAGUGAUGAGUCAUUUUAAUGAACUUCCAAAUUCAGACUCCCAGAGCAAAGACAGUGGAUUGUGCAGUGUAUUAACACAAGAUUUUUUAACAUUAUUUAAAAAUGGACGUGAAAAAGCAGAGAAUGGCAUCAUGCCAAUGUCAGAUCCUGUCUCACAGGAUAAUUCCUUUAAUAAAGGUAGUGAAACACAUUCUAACAGCGAUACAGCAGAGAACUCUGUGGUACCAGAAACUCCUUUGGUAUUACCCUAUAAUAAUUCUGAAGUUAACAGUAAAGAUUCUGGUAGUCUUACCAGAGCUUCAGAACCACAGAUAAGAAGUCCUGGCUUUCCCAGUAGAAUGUUGAUGAAUCAGGUAGAAGAUUGCACAGGUGACCAAAGUGGAAUUUGUGUUCAGAAUGAGGACUCUAAAGCAAAAACUUGUUCCGAAAACGAGUCAGAGGCAUGCUCUUUGCACUGGCAGCAGCAUUUUGAUGUAGACAUGGGAAGAAUGGUUUAUAUCAACAGAAUGACUGGCCUUAGCACGUUUGUUGCGCCUACUGAGGACAUUCAGACUGCGUGUGCCAAAGACCUGACAACUGUGGCUGUGGACGUUGUCCUUGAGAAUGGGUCUCAGUGCAGGUGUCAUCCUUUUAGAAGCAACCUUGUUCUUCCUUUCCUUCCGAAAAAUCGGGCCGCGAUGACAAUGAUGAGACAGAGCAACAGAGAUCCUCCAGAUGAUGCUGUUGAUAGUGAAUCGCUUCAGUCAUUGUUCUCGGAAUGGGAUAAUCCAGUGUUUACCCGUUAUCCACAGGUUGCUGUUGAUGUAAGCAGUAGCCAGGCUGAGAGCUUAGCAGUUAAAGUUCACAACAUCUUAUAUCCCUAUCGCUUCACCAAAGAAAUGAUUCAUUCAAUGCAGGUUCUCCAGCAAGUGGAUAACAAGUUCAUUGCCUGUUUGAUGAGCACCAAGGCUGACGAGAAUGGCGAGGCAGGAGGAAACCUGCUAGUCCUGGUGGAUCAACACGCAGCCCACGAGCGCAUUCGUCUGGAACAGCUUGUCACUGAUUCCUAUGAGAAGCAACAGCCACAAGGCCCUGGUCGGAAAAAGUUACUGUCUUCCUCUCUGAUUCCUCCACUAGAGAUAACAGUGACAGAAGAACAAAGGAGACUCUUAUGGUGUUACCACAAAAGUCUGGAAGAUCUGGGCCUUGAAUUUAUAUUUCCAGACACCAGUGAUUCUCUGGUCCUUGUGGGAAAAGUACCACUCUGUUUUGUAGAAAGAGAAGCCAAUGAACUUCGAAGAGGAAGAACUACUGUGACCAAGAGUAUAGUGGAGGAAUUUAUUCGAGAACAAGUGGAGCUACUCCAGACCACAGGAGGCAUCCAAGGGACACUGCCAUUGACUGUCCAGAAGGUGUUGGCAUCCCAAGCCUGCCAUGGGGCCAUUAAGUUUAACGAUGGCCUGAGCCUCGAGGAGAGCCGUCGUCUUGUUGCAGCCCUCUCCCUGUGCCAGCUGCCCUUCCAGUGUGCUCACGGGAGGCCUUCUAUGCUGCCAUUGGCUGACAUAGACCACCUGGAGCAGGAGAAAGUGAUUAAACCCAAUCUUGCUAAACUUCACAAAAUGGCCCAGGCCUGGCAUCUCUUUGGAAAAGCAGGGUGUGACAUAAGACAGACGCUGCAGCAGUCCAUGCCUCCUUGUGAGCCACCAUGAGAACAGAGCCACAGAUCUAAGGGAACCCAAGGGGGCUUGCUGCAUGCCUUGGAGCAAAGAGCAGAGCAGCAAGACCAGUUCAGCCCUGACUGCAUCAGCCCGUGUCCCCAAGCAGCUUCAGGACAGCAGGGCCCUUGGUAUCCGGCUUUCUUGAGCAGGUGAUUUCGCUACUUGAAUUGCCAGCUGGAACCCAGCCUUAAGAUGGUUCAUCCAUUUGCAUCCAUGGACACAGGAGAUUACCGUAUCAUAUCUACCAUUUGCAAUUUAUUUAGUGAUAAAACAUAAUGAAUAAUUGUCGGGUUGGUUGGCUGUUUGGCUGGCUGGUGCUUGCGGGGUGUGCUUUUUUAUUUUGCCCAACUUUUUUCAAUCUUCAGAUCUGCAUUUAUGGAAUCCAGCUGAUGCUAACCUCUAAGGCACAGUCUGUCUUCCCAGCUGCCCCGGGGUUUCUCCCCAGCCACCCUUUCCCUUCAGCACUGCCCUCUGCCACUGCUCCCCAGCCUAAGUCUCAGCCUUAGGGACUUGCUCUUCUCCCAGUGGAAACAUUCCCUGACGUCUUCCAUCGGGCUUUAACUAAACUGUUUUAGGGAUAAAAACUGUUAACAAAGAGAAGCAAGGACUAGGAUAGAAUAGGAAAAAUUUAAAUUCCAGCUCCUGGUUUUUUUGUUUUGCUUUAUUGCCUCUUUAAAAACUUAGAGACUGAUGUCGUGUCCCAAAUGAGUAAAAUGGUAAAAGUAUGUUGAGCUUGUUUUCUAAAAUGAAUUUUUUCUUGUCUUUUAUAAAGUAUCUCUUCAUGUGAAAGUAAUUGUCAU